AUGGCAUUCAAAUCUAAGAUAAAAUGGGUUGCUCUGUUUGUCCUCGUUUUAUCUUUUGCAUCAUUGCUUCGGCACCUCUCUAUAGCAAAGUAUUCCACUGUCGAUUUAGUCCAGUAUAGUGCAUUGACUGCAUUCCAUAACGAUUUCGAUACCCUAUCCGGGAAACAGAGUAUUCCUAAUAAGAAGCUAUGGGAACCUGUAAAGCCCUUGCAGUCUUUGCAGCCUUAUGCCAACCCCAGGAGCAACUAUCCUGUUCCAAAUGAACAGAGCAAUGGCUUCAUUUAUGCGAAAAUAUUUGGUGGAUUUUCAAAGAUAAGAUCUACGAUCUGUGAUCUGGUCACCAUAUCCAGGCUUCUAAAUGCUACUCUUGUCAUUCCAGACAUUCAAGAAAGUACUCGCUCAAAAGGCAUCAGCCAUCGUUUCAAGAGUUUUACAUAUCUCUACGACGAGGAGCAGUUUAUUGCAUCUCUUAAAAAUGACAUAAUCAUAGUGAAGAGCCUGCCAGACAAUUUGAAGGCAGCAAGGAAAAGGAAUGAAUACCCUUCUUUUAGACCCAAGAAUUCAGCCUCUCCUAAGUUUUAUAUUAAAGAAGUCCUACCAAAGUUAAAGAAAGCCAAGGUUAUUGGCUUGGUUAUUGCUGAUGGUGGAUGUCUGCAGUCAAUCCUUCCACCAGGCAUGGCCGAGCUUCAAAGGCUUAGAUGCAGGGUUGCUUUCCAUGCACUUCAAUUCAGGCCAGAAAUUCAAAUUCUUGGUCACCGGAUGGUGGAGAGGUUACGUGCAUGGGGCCAACCUUUUCUAGCAUUUCAUCCUGGUUUAUUGAGAGAAACCUUGGCAUAUCAUGGUUGCGCUGAACUUUUCCAGGAUGUUCACACUGAACUCAUACAAUAUCGAAGGACACAAAUGAUUAAACGGGGCAUUGUUCAUGAGGAACUAAGCAUAGACUCACACUUGCGUAGAGAAAAUGGUUCAUGCCCUCUGAUGCCUGAAGAGGUUGGAAUUCUUCUUCGUGCAAUGGGCAAUAAAGAAUUGUUGGAUAUACUUGGACCUGAAACACCUCUUCCUCUAAAUCCUUUUCAACCACCUCCAGCAAAAAGUGAGGCACAACUUAAAGAAGAAUGGAAGAAGGCUGGUCCUAGGCCUCGGCCUCUUCCUCCACCUCCUGGUAGACCUAUCUAUCAACAUGAAAAGGAAGGCUGGUAUGGUUGGAUUACUGAGACUGCCACCGAACCAGACCUUUCAGCUGUGGAUCUAAGGAUGCAAGCACAUAGACUAAUUUGGGAUGCUCUUGACUAUAUUGUCUCCAUGGAAGCAGACACAUUCUUUCCUGGCUUUAAUAACGAUGGCAGUGGAUGGCCGGAUUUUUCAAGCUUGGUUAUGGGACACCGUUUGUAUGAGACUGCUUCUUCUAGAACAUACCGACCAGACAGGAAAGUUGUAGCAGAACUUUUCAACAUGACCAGGGACAAUGUAUACCAUCCCAAGCAUAAUUGGACACUCUCGGUGCAGGAACAUCUUAAGAAAAGCUUAGGUGAGGAAGGCCUAAUAAGGCAAUCCCUUUUGUCGAAGCCAGGCGUAUUCAUUUCGCAUCCACUCCCCGAAUGCUCUUGUAGAAUAUCUUCUGCCGAGGUUCCAGUUCAUGUAAAAGGUAAUGACGGACGAAGUGUGCAUGGAGGCGAAGAAGAGUGCCCCAAGUGGAUGCAGCAUGGUCAGGAAGUUCCUUUGGAAUCGGCUGGGGAAGAGGAUAAAGUGGAGGACAAUGAAUUGUCAGAGUACGGAAGUACUCUGGUUGAGCAACCAGAAUCAAAUGACAGUGACAGAACUAAUACAAGUCUAGUCUUUGAUCAGGAUGAUGAAAUGGACCCAAAUGACUAA